UUAGUAUUUUGUUGUUAAAGCUGGGCCGUUUAGCCUACCAUGUAUAAUUUAUUAAUGUACUCAGUGACAUUUUAUUCUUAACUUAAAUUGCCUUGUCAUUACCCUACCCUUGUGGUUUUAGAUUAUGUAGUUGUUACUGAUAUUAUUUGCAUGAAUACAACCAGAUGUAGGACUGUAAACAUUUUAUUUACCCCAGAAAUAUUUACCAACAAUCCCACCCACCCAAAAUAAUACCACAAUGUUAACAAAGAAUAACGCAAUUUCAGCUUCCUGUCACAUAUGUUAUUUCAUAGUGAGAAAAAAAAGUGGACUAGCAUGGUCUAACGCUAAGCUGCUAUCACCGGUGCACAUACUGAUGCGCUUGUGUUUGAAUCGGUUUUAUUGCUCUUUCAGCAAAGACUCCAGUCUAACUUUAACAACGUUUCUGUCCAUACAAUGCCUGAAAAAUAUAAAUAUUUAAAUGCAGUAGCAUAUAUUACUCUGAAGAAACUGUUUGCAGCUCACCCAGUGCUAGUGCAACAACAGUUUUUAAUGGUUGUAUACAAAAAUAAGUAUUUACUGCGAAGCACAGUUUCAGCACUAGUAAUUCUGGAAUAUUAUCAUAAAUGUGUGUGGUAUGGAUGAGUGCAUUCGUAAGUGUAUGUAGGUGUUCAAUUGUUUAACAGUCUGAUGGCACACAAAUAGACAGAGCCUCUACAACCAGAGGUGGACAAACUUUUUGCUUCAAUUUAGACCUCUCUGGCAACCUUUGUUGGUAAAACAGUCUAGCUAGUUUUUAAGCCUGCCCCUUUGGGAUUAUAAAGAACCUUUGCAACAAACUGGCAAAAUAAUGAACAGAAUGUAUAAUAAUAAUGAGCAGAAUCUUGAAGUAUGACCAAGGUCUGAACACCAGGUUUCUCCUGGAAAUAAUACAUUUUGUAAUUUUUUUAUUUAUUUGUUUAAAACCCUCUCAUGUUAUUAAUUAUUUUUUAUCAGCAGACAAAUAUCCCAAUGGAGACAGAGUGGUUGUGUCUCUGUGAGAAGUGCGGAAAGGAAUUCUCCAACAGUAGCCUGCUUUCCUCUCACCUUUGCACUGAUGAUUUAACCAGGAAGGGACAGUUGACCUGUUAUAAGUGUCCUUUGUGCGAUGAGGUCUUUCCCAUGCCAGGUGUACUGAAGCACCACUUCCAAAGCCAUUGGAAGGAGAGACCCGCAGGUCCCUUCCAGUGCUCCCAGGAGGGUUGCCAAUUCAGCGCUUCAGAGCGGUUGGUGUACCAGGACCACCUGCACUCACAGCAUGCUCUCACCCUGGUUCCUUGUACCUUCCGGUCUUGCACCUUUGCAUUUCACACGCAGUCUGAAAUGGAGAAGCACUGGCGUAGUCAUAUGCCCUUCCACUGCCCCCGCUGCGACUUUGUGGCGGCUCACGUUAAGCAGCUCAUUGCACAUGGUCUGGAACAUGAGCGACAACUAGCUGCACCUUCGAGUGACAAGGUGGAAACGAUGACAAGCCAGGCUGAAAAUAGCCAAUCGGUUCUGGAGACCAGCACCGGGAGGCCAAGGAGACCCCGGAAACGCAAUCCAGCUUUUGUGUCAUCUUCAUCGGAAGAAGAGGAUGAGCGUAGAAAAGAAAGGAAGCAGAACCGCAUCAACAAAAGAACCCGGGUGGAGGUGCAAAAAGACAAAUCAUCUGCAGCUACAAACAUAAAUGGGAACCCACCUAAAGAUCACAUCAUGGAGGGCACAGAGCAUAUGUAUCGCACUCACAUAUGCCCCGAGUGCCGCCGCUGUUUCAAGAUGCGCUCCCACCUCCUGGAGCAUCUCCACCUCCACUUCCCUGACCCCAGCCUCCAGUGCCCCAACUGCAACCACUACUUCACCAGCAAGAGCAAGCUGCGCAUCCACAUGCUUCGCGAAUCGGGCCAGAAGGUCCACCGUUGCUACCUGUGCGACUAUGCUGCCGUGGAGAGAAACUCGCUCCACCGUCAUCUGGCCAGCGUUCACGCUAACGAGGUGGAUGGAAACAUCCACACAGAUGUCUACCCCUGUCCCACCUGUGGCCAGAGCUUCCGUCAGAGUCAGGCCCUUAAGGCCCACAUGAAGUCCCACCACAUGUUGCGUGAUAGUCAGCCAAUGGCUUGCUUACAGGAGGGAUGCUCUUUUCAGACCUCUGACUGUAAGGAGCUCCAGAGACACACCGAUGAAACCCAUGGUUUCAAGGCUGUAAAAUGCCGCCACCAUGCCUGUAACGCCAUCUUCAGCAGUCUCCAGGACAUGGAGACCCAUCACCGGAUGCACCUGGCAUUCCACUGCUCACAUUGCGACUUCUCCUGCUCUAACAAAAGCCUUUUCCGGCAGCACAAGCGUCAAGGCCAUGCCGGGGACAAGGAGUUGACCUGCAACUUCUGCCCUUUUGCCACGUUUAACCCGGUGGAGUUCCAGCAGCAUGUCAGCCAUUUCCACGCCAGUGAAAAGAUACAUCAGUGCUCUCAGUGCAGUUUUGUCACGGCACACAGGCGGGUUCUUAGACGACACAUGCUUAUGCAUACUGGUGAGAAGCCCCACAAGUGUAACCUGUGUGAUUUUCGGUGCCGUGAUGAAACCUACCUCAAAAAACAUAUGCUUACCCACUCAGAUGACAAGAAUCAUAUGUGCUCUGUGUGUGGCUAUGUCACCAAAUGGAAGCACUACCUGAAUGUGCACAUGCGGAAACAUGCAGGCGAUCUCAGGUACCAGUGUGACCAGUGCUCCUAUCGUUGUCACCGCACAGACCAACUGAAUAGCCACAAGCUGCGACAUCAGGCCAAGUCACUGAUAUGUGAAGUCUGUGCGUAUACCUGCAAGCGCAAGUAUGAGCUUCGGAAGCACAUGCUCUUCAAGCAUUCUCAGGGCCAUCAGACUCCUGUCUUCCAGUGUAAAUACUGCUCAUAUCAGACAUGCUACCGGCAAGCUAUGCACAAUCAUGAGAACUGCAAACAUACCCGAAAUCGGGAGUUCCGCUGUGCCCUCUGCCACUAUUCCACUUACAGUAGCACUGGCCUCUUUAUCCACAAGAGGAAGGCCCAUGGGUAUGUGCCCGGGGAUAAGGGGUGGCAAGAAAACUACGCUGCGAAGGAGAGGGAAAACAACUCAGUGGACUUACUGCAUGGCUUCUACAAGACCCCAGCCAAGAGCUCUGCUGAAGGGCUUGUCAAGCAACUGGAAAAUGUUGCUGGCUCUGCUGGUCAAAAUGAUACCAACCAACCAACCGUAUCUGUCCCAGAAACCAUGGAAGCCUUAAAUACAAAUUAUGAUACAGUCCAAUUGGUUGGCGGCGAAGGAAUUCUGGAAAGUCACUAUUCAACAGAUAAUCAAGAUCAAAGCGGUACAUUUGUUUUGACAGCGGUGUCAAACCCUGUGUGUACUGAGACAUUCCUGCAGGGUGAGACCAAAUGCAGCAGAAACCCAACUAACAGAAGACACACUGUAAAACCUAAAGUGACCCAACCCCUGGGGCAAAUGGCAAAAUCUGCCAGUGAGGUAGGGGAAGAAGACAUUGCUUUAGAAGAUUGCAGUGACCUCAGUGAUUUGGAAGACACAGAAGGUCCUUUUACUUAUUCAAUUAACCAAGCAGAGGUGAAUCACACUGAGAAGGACACACGGAUAACAGACGAUUCCAACACAGCUGGCAACUCGCCCACUGAAAUAUUAGCAAAAAGAACAAGCUCCGAGAUCCGCCUGAAGGCGAUGAGGAAGCAAGACAAAGAUCAAGCGGAGGCUCUGGUCUUGGAAGGCCGGGUGCAGAUGCUGAUGGUACAGAGUAAGACUGUCAAAGGUAGUGUGUACAAAUGCGAACACUGCUCCUACGUGACCCGCAAGCGGAUCUCUCUUCAGCAUCACUCCCGCUCCUUUUGCCUUGCCAGGUGGAACGGACUCAAGUGCCUGGACUGUGGGACACAGUUCAAACAGAAGAGAGGCCUGAACACCCACCAGCUCAGGAAGUGUCCAGCUCUUCGAAAGAAGAUGAGGAGGUUUGUUGGCACGCCAUUGACUGGACAGUGCGCAGGCGGGGACUCGGUGAAAGGUCGGGAGGAAUUACAGCACCCUGAUGAAACUACAAGCGCAGAUCAUUCUGAUGUAGUACCUUGUGAUGUUGAACCGACCGGAGAUCCCAAAGACGGCCAACUAGAAAUGAGAGGAGAGGGUGGAAAUCUAUGUGAUUCAACCAAUCCAGAAAGCUUCACUAAGAGGGGGUCAACAGCACUACGCAAAAGCCAAAGAAUAAAAGUUGGAAUGUCGAAGAGAAGUGUGAAGCUUAGAAAGAUCAAAAAAGGGAACAUUUUUGGAAAGACUGAAAAAGGCCAUCCUGUAAACCCAGAAAAGGACAUUGCACAUAAAUACACAGAGGACAAAAGAUUUACCUGCGAGAUGUGCGGUAUCUCAUCCUGCAGGCUUGCUACUAUAGAGCGGCACUGCAAAACAUGCACAAGUAAAACUUCAACAAAGAAUGCUGGCAAAAUUGGUGAGGAGGAGAACAUAACUGGGGAUUCUGGAGAAGAUGUGGUCAAGAUUAAUCCAAGCCAUAAGUUCUCCUGUCCUAGCUGUCAUUUCAGGUGCAAACAGAAGAGGGCACUAAACAACCAUGAGAAGCGAGGCUGCCUGAAGCCGGACGACAUGCAGUGCCAAGUCUGCUCAUUUGUGGCUAAGUCUCAAAAAACAUUAGCCACCCAUAUGCUAGUCCAUCAGAAAGACAAGUCAUUGCUCCAAAAAAGGGUACAGAAAUCGUUUUUGCAUUGUAACCAUUGCCCGUUUACUUGUAAGCAGGAUCGCCGAAUGACCAAGCAUGUGACUCUAAAGCAUGAAGGUGCCGUACCCUACCACUGUAGCUUCUGCCCUUUCAGCACCACACGGCGCUACCGACUAGACGCCCAUGAGUCUCUUCACACAGGCGUGGGCCGCCACAGCUGCAACCUCUGUGGCCAGACCUUCGGUGUUGCCUCCAAGCUCCGGCAGCACCGCAAGCGUGUCCACGACAAGCAGCCCUCCCAUUUCUGCGCCCUGUGUGACUUCAGUGGCUACUCUCUAAAUGAUGUCCGGCGACAUACUCUCCGCUGCCAUACGGGGGAGCUCCUGUACCCCUGCGGCCAAUGCGAGGCACGCUUCAGCUCUAGCACAGCGCUCAUGCAGCACUGCAGCCGUAAGCACCUGAGCUCCACCAGCAUAGCCUGCCAACAGUGUGACUUCGCCUGCGGUAGCCAGGCCACCCUUAAGAACCACCAGCAGAGGAAGCACCCGCAGCUGGACUGUGCCACCUGUCAGGAGACCUUCGCCACCAGGGAAAGCCUGGAGGAGCACCGGACUUUCCACCUCACCCAGCGAUGCCUGCUUUGCCCCUUUGCAGCCCGAAAGAAACAGACACUCAUCCAGCACCUCCUGGACAAGCAUGAGGAUGGUCCCUCAGAGGACAAGCACCUGAAGUGUGCCAUUUGCGACUUCGCCUGUUGCCACCAGCUGGUCUUCGAGCAGCAUGUUCGCUCUCACGGGGGUACCCGCCUCUACAAGUGCACAGACUGCCAGUACUCAACUCGCAACAAGCAGAAGAUCACAUGGCACAUUCGCAUACACACAGGAGAGAAACCCUACCACUGUGAGCAGUGCAGAUACACCUGUACAGAUCCCUCAAGGUUAAAGUAUCACAUGAGGAUCCACCAGGAUGAGAAGAAGUAUCUCUGUCCUGAGUGUGGCUACAAAUGCAAGUGGAUGAGCCAGCUGAAAUAUCACAUGACCAAACAUACAGGGGAUAAGCCGUAUGCAUGCGAUGAGUGCGAGUACCGCAGCAACCGCAGCGACGCCCUCCGCGUCCACAGGGAGACACGGCACAGUGAAGAGCGCACCUUCAUCUGUGAGAAGUGUGGCAAGGGCUUCAAGACCCGCUUCCUGCUCAAGACACACCAGCGCAAGCACAGCGAGGAGCGGCCCUACGUGUGUGGACUGUGCAACAGAGCCUUCCGCUGGCCAGCUGGCCUCCGGCAUCACUACCUCACGCACACUGACCGUCAGCCCUUCUUAUGCUGCCACUGCCCCUACCGCGCCAAGCAGAAGUUCCAGGUGGUCAAGCACCUCCGGAGGCACCACCCGGAACAGCCUGUUGAGCAGGGGGUAACCAAGGACCCCCAAGCCCUCAGACUUACCCUGCAGGAGGCUCGUAUGGGGGGGCUAGAGGAAGGCGCCAGGGAGGAAGUGGAGGAGGCGCCAGGGGAGGAGGGGGUGGAGAUGAUUUUGCCAGAGGGGGUGGAGUUGGUGGUGGAAGAGGGGGUGGAGGAUGUUAUAGUGGACCAGCAGUGCAGUGAAACAGUUCAGGAUGUUAUACAAGACACUCAACUGGCCCCUGAGAAAACAAAUGUUUUGCUCAUCCAAUCAUGAUGAGGACUGGGCUUUGGUGUUGAAUUCUAUCAACCUUGACAACAAUUUACUAUAACUAGUAUGCAUGUACAUAUUAGACUGCAAAGUACACAAUGGAGGAAAUAAGCAUGUGUGUUUUAGUGUUGUUUAAAACCAUUAUGAAUGGUUUGUAAAAAAAAAAGAAAAAUGUGUCUUAUGUUAAUGAUGUUAGAAGUGUUAUUUAAAGGAAACCUUUUUAAAUAGACAGUUUAAGAUUUUAGUAAUGAACAAUUAUGUCCUUUAUCUAGUCAAUUUAACUUAUAGAAACCUUUUAUAUUAAUCUGCACCCGGUAUGAAUGAAUCUCUUGCAUUCAUCUAAUGAUAGUUCAGUGAGACAAUCCCAUAUCCCAUAUCCAAGUACAUUUUACUCAGAGGUAGUUAUCAGCAGUCAGUGCUUGUGAAAAAAGUUGAAGCAUUAGUUCAUAAAAGAAACUGGUGUUUUUGUUUUGUUAGAUCCUUGGUUAUACUCUUAGCACAAUGACUAGCAUGCUAGCUAUACCCAUAUUAAGUACUUUUAAUGCAUUGCAGUAAUGUUGCAAUGCAAAUAUGUAAAUGCUACAUAUGAUCUACCUUCAAACAGGGAGUUGUGAGAAUGGUAGACUGAUUCAAUUGCCUGGUGAAGAAGAUAAAGGGCCUCAUUGACCAAAUGUGGAAUCAUUCGUUCAAUCUUUUAUAAUAAUGUUUAAUUAAGAAGUCUUAUUUCUCUCUUUAUUUACACAGCUUUAUGCAUUCACAUAACAGUAUAAUACGUUUACAUCAUAAAACCUGAGAUAUUGAUAUAUCUUCAUGUCACACUGAGGAACUGUAUAAAAUGUCUAUGGAA